GUUGUUGGAUAAACCUCAGCCAUCACCUCUCUGCACAUUACUUUCAUCAAUCCCAGCUCUAUCCACUCUCCCUCUCCUUCCAUGUCGAGGGGAACGGAACGUCUGGUGAAGAAGUUGAAGAAAUACGCCGACGCUCAGUACAAGAUCUUCACAAAUCGAUAUGGGGAUCAAAUCACUGAAAUACUCGACUUCCCAUUUAAGGUUGUCUUAGCCCCUUUCACGCUCGCUUUCGACAUUGCCGGCUCAGCUCCUCGUGGCUUCGGCGUUCCCGAGCUCAUCUCCAAGCUCUCGUUUGCUUCAAUUUUUGCUGUUGCUACUUUUGGGACUUAUGAUAUUGCGCUAGAGCUUGGAAAGAAAGUUGUAUGUCAGAGGCACUGUAAUACCUGCAAUGGAUGGCAAGCCAUGCGGUGUACCAAGUGCAGAGGGUCAGGGAUGGUGAACUACCAAGUGAAAAACUAUACAUUGAGAAGUGGAGAGAAGGCAACAGCAGAAAGUAUUGCAGAUGCCAUUGCAGAGAAUCGGGCCGAGUUGAUUCACCUUCCUUCCACCUUGGAUCUUCAUACACCAUUGCCAUCCAAAGAUUGCCCAACAUGUGAUGGAACAGGAGUGAUGAGCUGCCCUGAAUGCAAAAAUAAAUUGCAAGUGAGAAUCUCAGCAGACGAUAUCAUGGAACCUCCUUGGAAAGCUUAUAAUGUUUUGAGAAAGAUGGAAUAUCCAUAUGAGCAUUUAGUUCAGAGUAUGAGGGACCCCAGCAUUGCGACAUUUUGGUUAAUUACCUUCCCCCAAAUUGUUGGUGGAUUCAACUUCGAUGAUGAGGUCAAGCAAAAGAUUUGGUGGCAGUACAAGGAAUCCAUGCGAUAUGAUCAACUCAGAGAUGUUGUUGCUAAGCGGAAACCUGGAUGGGAGUACUUGCAGGAAGCCUUGAUUUCCAUUGAUCCUGUUCGAGCCAGGGAUGAUCCUGUGGUCGUGAAAAACAUCCCUUACUUUAAGGCCAAGAAGGCACUUGAGACAGAAGUGAUGAAGCUUGAUCCUCCACCACGACCACAAAAUUGGGGUGAGUUGGACCUUCCACUGAAUUCAUCUUCUUGGAGUCAGGAUGAUCUAAAAGACCCGGGAAAAUUUUAUGAAAUGACUGUUCUUCUAAAUGCCCAAAGAGAAAUUGCUGAUAAAAUAUUAGAUGCUCAGUGGGAAACUAAAUGGCGGCAGGAAAAGUUGAAUGAGUUGUUGGAGGAAAAGGUGCAGCCUUACUUAAAGAGUGCCAACAGCAAUGUCCUCACGGCACCCAUUGUGUUGAAACCACAGAACCCGGAUCAGAAGAGAAAUCAAAGGCGACGAUUUUGGUUCUUUUGACAUCGUGCCAUCUUUUCACGUCAAAGCGCAUCUUGGGUAUCCUAAGCUAGCUCCGAAAGACAAGAUUCAUGGCGACGUUCUUUCUUAAGGUACCUUGCCUCUUUUUUUCGCUUAACGCAGCUAGAAAGUGCACUCGACUAGUGUCCCCGCCCCCACCCGAGCCCCCGGAAAAUGAGAAACGAAGAGUAAAGAAAGUUAAGAGAGAAGAGACUAGUGUGGUUUUUGUACUCUUAAGAUAGCCCACUAGAACCUCUUAUUUUUUUUUUUUUUGAGUUAGGUACUUUUAAGAUGACUCUGUUUCUAAAUGCCUAAUCUAUGUGCUGUUAAUGAAAACAUAGGGUUAAAAUCCUAUCUU